GAUUACACCAACAUUGCUCUUUUUUGUUCACAACCGGCUGACAUAUUUGAAAAAAUAUGGGGAUUAAAGAUAUAAAACUUAAUGUGAGAGAUUGCAUCAGCGGAGGUGCACUCAGAAGAGCACUUAUUUGCCUAUACUGAAAAGGGGUGCUUAUCGAGCCUUUCAAAUGCAAGAAAUGUGAUAGGUUCUAUUGCAAAAAAUGAAUGGACCUUGUCCUGAAAAAUACUAACAAGAGUGACCCUACCAAAGGAUGAAUCUGGAACAAAAUCGUUGAAUGAAUCGAUGUUGAUGAGUCAGUGAAAUCAAAGAAGGUCAAAUGCAGGUCCACUGAGUUUGUAUAUGCAACCAAGGAAUUUCUAAAGGAACUUAAUUCGUUGAAGUUUAUGUGAGGAAUUUGACCAACUAUUAAUCCAAAAGUCCAAUCAAAAUGAUAUCCUUAUAAGUUGUAUAUAAAGCAUUUACUUGGACAUUCUUCUCAGAUCAAGAAGAGGUUAGAGAAGUUACCCUCUCGAAACGGCCAAACAUCAGUUAGCUUCGUCUUAGAUGGAGUAGAUAGUUUAGCUCUAGUAGAUCCACUUGCUUUAGUUUCAAUAAAAGAAGAAGGAAACUCUGAUUCUGAAGCAACAAAUGAUACUAGCCAUAAAUCUAAGAAAACCAAGAAUACUAGUGGCAAGAAAAGAACUAGAGCAGGAGGGAAGAGAGGUCCUCAAAAUCCUUACUUCAGUACUACUAACCUGUGCAAAUGGUGUGGUGAUAAGAUUCCUCGACCUGAACAAGAGAAGCACAUAGCUUUAAAUUGCAUUCAGCUCAGGGAGAAGUGCUAUUAUUGCCUAGGAUACUAUCCUCGUGCAGGAAUGAAUGAGCACUUAAAGACCUGCCUAGAAUCCUACGAGGAAUGUCCUGACUGUGAAUUCUUAAUGAAGCGUGGUCAAAAUAUGCAGUCCCAUUACUGCCGUAGAAAGGAGUUUGACAACCAAAGCGCUCAGUUAAAACUUGAAAACAUUCGUGAUGCAAAAAUUGAAUUGCAGACAACUUACGAAGAACUCAGGCAAGCUCUUGACCAUCUUAACGGCAUGACCAACUUGGCUGACACAAAAUUGGAAGACACUAAGGAAGAAUUCCUCAUGAAAUUUGACCGCAAGGAGCUUCUCAUGCUGAUAGAGCCCAUCACCGAAAAAUAUGACCAACUCGCUGAAGGUAGUGAUGAAGAGAAAGUUGAUGAAGGUCAGGGUAUUUAUGAGCAUGCCGUGGAGUAUCGAGAAGACCAGAUCCGAGAAAUUAUCCCUUAUUUACCCAAAGAUGAUCCCUACUGAGAGGAAAAGUCCAGAGAUACCUUGAUUAUUCAGAGAAACAGCAGUUCGAUCCUGGUUUGGCACAUGAAGACCCAGAAGAUAAUGUUUAAAAUUGAGAUAUGUAAGAUUACAGAGAGGGAUAGCCAGGUUUACUUUGUAGACAAAUGUACUAUAAUCUCAACAGAUAUCCUAGUUCUUUGCUGUCAUAACAAGAAAGAGACCUCAAUACUAUUCUAUAAAAUCCCUACCUUAGAAGAUUUAGAAACUCUCGGGGUUGAAUUUGUUGAGUAUCAGUUAUUCGAUAACCUUGGCAGUUUCCAAUGAGAGGGCAGAGUCACCAUUCUUAAGGACUCAUUUUUUUAGUUCAGAAACGUUCUAUUUGUUUAGUGAGCACAACGAUAUGCAUUAUCUUAGGAUCCUUCAAAUAGAAGAGAAGAUCAAGGAGGAUAGCAAUGUCCCAAUCCAAAUUACCUGCGAAAUAGUGUUCCAAAUAGAGUUUAGUGAUAACAUCCAAGAUUUGUUAGAAAUUCCAAAUGGAGAUCUCCGAUUCCAUCUCUCCAUUCUCACUGGUAAAGAUUAUGAAAUUUACAAGAUUGGUGUUGACCAAUUUGGAGAUAUUGAUUUCAAAUCUAUCAAGCAGGUUACAGGUACAUAUGGCAUCUUGCUUCCACCAAAAACCAUUGAAUACUUCCACCGAAUGCUUGUUUUUGAUCAUGACCUGUUACUGUUUAUUAGUAAUGACAGACUAGAAUUUAGAAGAAUUUAUGUUGAAAAAACGAAAACCAGCGAACACUAUUAUGACGAAGUCUAUUGAGGUACCUCUUUACCAAUAGAUUGUCCUUGAGACCGAGAAGCUCUCACUCAAAUGGAACAGAUUUAUGGAGCCUUAGAGCUUUUUCAUAAAGGCAGAGGCGCUCUGUAUGAAUGGCAAAUUGGUAGCAAUAAAAAAUUGGUCUGUAAUGUCCUUUGGGAGAACAAGAGUAGUAGGACCUUUACUUACUCCUUUUACGACAAUAACUCAAGACAAGCUUGAAUGGUUGAUCUUAAUAACGACAUCGUCUUUUUGAAAUUUGCUGAUGUCAAAACAGAAGUAUAAAUUUCCC